AUGGAUGAAAUUUCUGGAAAAUUUAGUGCAAUAUCAAUCAAUGGUAGCAGUGGCUAUCCCUCACCAGUGAAAAGUUCACUGCCUUCUACUAAUAACCCGGAAACUGUUUACUUGGGAAGGCAGAGAAGAUAUGUUGUUAAGUCGUCCCCAGCAUCAGUCAACAACAAGCAUCCAUCAGUAUUCAAUAAUUCAGUAUCUGAAAUGCUAAAUGAUGGACUCAAUGGAGUUUCUUCUCCCGGUUUUGAUUGGUUAUCUGAGGAUCAAAAGGAGUAUAUUAGGUUUGGACAAGUCACUAGUAAGAAGGAUUUUUUUCAUGUUGAGAGGGUAAAUGGAAGGCCGACGAAUGUGCUUCAUGGACUUGAGCUACACACUGACGUUUUUAGUUCUGAGGAGCAAAAGAAGAUUGUCGAAUGUGUCCACAAUUUACAGCGCAUGGGAAAGAAAGGACAGCUUCGAGCAAGAACAUAUUCGGAACCAAGAAAGACGAUUCGGGGUAAUGGGCGUGUCACGAUUCAAUUUGGAUGCUGUUACAACUAUGCAGUGGACAAAAAUGGGAAUCCCCCAGGAAUAAUCAGAGAUGAAGAAGUUGAUCCCAUGCCCCCAUUGUUCAAGCAAAUGAUCAAGAGGUUGGUCCGGUGGCAUGUUCUGCAUCCGGCGUUUGUCCCUAAUAGUUGCAUUGUAAAUAUGUACGAUGAAGGGAUCUGCAUUCCUCCUCACAUUGACCAUCAUGACUUCCUUCGGCCCUUCUGCACCAUCUCAUUCUUGAACAAGUGUGAUAUAAUGUUCGGUGCAAGUCUGAGGGCGGUUAGACCAGGAGAGUUUGUCGGUCCUGUCUCCAUUCCUCUGCCUGUCGGAUCGGUGCUCGUUCUAAAAGGUAAUGGAGCUGACAUUGCUAAACAUUGUGUUCCAUGUGUCCCAGCAAAAAGGAUUUCAAUCACUUUCAGGAAAAUGGAUGAGAGCAAAUUACCGUAUAAUUAUUUACCCGACCCGGAGCUGAUAAGUGUAAAGCCUCUCAUGUACACUCCCUUGUUCUUACAAGUCCAACAAAACCAGCAUGAACAAGAAGAGAUCAUCCAUGGUGGACCUAGAGUGCUGCAGAGACCAGUAUUAACGCAUUUUUCAUGGCAUUAUCCGAUUCCCCUUCCCUCGACAGCUUGAAUUGUACUCCUGUGAACCAGCAAAGGGCUAACAAAAACUGUUUGAAGUAAUGAGGUGUAUAGUAUUAUAUGGAUUCAAGUACUAUUU